AUUAAUCUCUUAUACUGUGAUUCAAGAGAUGAUAUUGGAAAAGAACUAUUGUCCAAUUUUUUAAAAUUUUAAGAAGAUUAAUAAAUUCCAUCGCGUAAAGAUGUAAUAAGAUGAUCGAAAAGUUCGUACGAGAUCGGAACGAUAUAUGAAUAAAAUAUCAAUCUCGGAUCUACUUUCCCAACUGUUUAAUGAAAGAAUCAUUCGAUUUAAUGUUCCGCAAAACUUCAUCAUCGAGAAAAUUUCGAAUAUCUUAUUCCUCGUUCUUUGGACUAAAAUCAAACUAUCCGGAAUAAAGAACGAAAGAAAGAUUUCGUUCGGGAAAGGAAACGAUCUCCGGCAUUUCGUCACCUUGAUCCAAACGAUCUCGGCGGUCCCCGCCCAUCGAACGUUUUCAACCGCACGGAGGAAUUGGUCGAGGAAUCCCGGACAAAAUUCUUUCGUAUUUCUCUAACCACGAAAACCAGUAGGCGGGGAAAUAAAAGGAACGAACCGUAAUCUACCAAGGUGGAAACUCGCCAAGUUGAGUUAAAGAAACGUCCUCGAUCGAGGCUAUCCAGGUGUCUCCCCAAUUCUUUGGAUUAACAGUCGCAAGGGUGCAAAUUACACGGAGAGUGAGCGAUUUCCACGAGGGACGAUCGGUCUACGCCGGAGAGACAUUUCUCAGAUGUCGAGCGAACGAUGAAGCACUCGAGGCGAGCGAGUGGCUCGAGUGCCACUUCGAUCGCGAACGAUUCGUGUUCCAGGUGCGAGGGAAAGUGUCCGACGAAAAUGCGGCUCGCACUACUGCUGCUCUUCUCUUUGUUCGGGACAGGCUCGUCCAUCCAUCUGGUGAGGAUAGACGUGCCGAGUAUAGCUGACCCGAGAUGGGAAAAGGUGGCGCUCAGAUGCGAGUACGAUCUGGACGGGGAGGAAUUGUACUCGGUGAAGUGGUACAAGGAUGGCGCGGAGUUCUUCAGGUUUAUGCCCGGCUCGAGGCCGCCCGGUCGUGAUUUCCAGCUGGAAGGGGUGUACGUGGACGUGAACAGGAGCGAUAGCAAACAAGUGACGCUGUUGGGACAGGCGAACAAUCGGAGAGUGAAGGUGAACCUUGUGGGGUUGUACGGGUGCGAGGUGUCCUCGGAGGGGCCGAAUUUCCUCACGAUCUUCGGCGAGGCGAACAUGAGCGUGGCCAUCCCCCCCAAGGAGCGACCCACCCUCCGUGGCCUUCGACCCUCUUACGAGGCGGGCGAGACGCUCGAAGUGGAAUGCAGCUCGGCGGCCAGCUACCCUCCAGCCCGGCUCGUCUUCAUCCUCAACGGGAAAGAGGUGAACAAAGGGUUGAUCAGAGAAUUGGCAAGCACGAGCCCGACGGAGGACAGCCUCGUGUCCUCGACGCGUCUCGGCCUUACUCUUCGAUUGGAACGACACCAUUUCCCCGGAGGGACUUUAACUCUCGCCUGUCAGUCCACCUUGCCGAGGAUCAGGGGCGACAGGCCGCUCGAGAGGGUGGAAACCGCGACGUUGGCCGCGAGCAAUCAACGAUUGGCCCAGGAACCGCCCAGAUCCGGUUCCACGAUCGAUCCCCAACCCGUCGUCUCGAUCUCGAUCUGCUUAGCGAUCUUAUCAUCGUUCAAUCACGGUAUCUUGCCACUUUUGCACGUUUAACCGGUCAGGAGAAUCGUCGAGAAUCGCAGACGAGGCUCGCUCGCGUUGGGAUCAUUUCGCCGUAUCGUUGCUUGGUCGAACGAUGAAGAGGGGACUUGGUGGAAAGGGAUAAGGAUGAAUUUUUUUCGUGUAUGAAUUGUAUUAAUUAUUUGAAGAAUGAUAUUUGUGAUAUUUAUUGCACAUUUAUGGUUCUUGCCUCUCCAUUUAAGUGAUGAAAUUGAAUGUACAUAUAGGUUGCGUACAAUUAAUAUAAAUUUGGAAAUCUAGAAGUACUCGUUUUGCAUGAGAACAAAUAAGAUUCGUUACGAUAUUAUUCUUCUGAGAGUAUGGAGAGGCAAGAAUGUGAUAUUCAUGUUCUUAAAUAAUAAACGAUCGAAUGUAAUUGAUAUUCUAAUUUCCACCAAGCCCUUCGAUCACAGCGAAUCGUUCGAUUUAAUCUCAAGUCCAGAUUAAAUUUGUCCAUUUAAUUUUCCACUACCGCUGUAAAUUUUGCUCGUAUCAAAUAUUCUCGUAUUAACAGUUCAUACAUGAUUUGCAUCGUUUUCUAUAUAUAAUCAGUCUGAAAAAAAAAAACUGCGAAGCGUUUCAUUUUUACUACUUUACUGCUACUUUAACAUUCCAUUUUAUAUAUUCAUCGAGGAAAACUUUCGUCAAUUCGUAUUUCGUAGCUAUUUUAAACUGAGUAUUGCGAAUAUGCUGGCUGCAAUGUGAUCAGUC